UAUAUAUAUAUAUAUCUUCUUAUUACAAUCUAUAUUGCUUAUCACAAACAAUAUUUAUCAAAUAUUAGUAAUUAUGGCAACCAUAGAGAGUUUGGUGGCUGAGAAACCAGUGGUGAUAUUCAGCAAGAACUCAUGUGCAAUGUGCUAUUCCGUAAAGUCGCUCUUUAAAAACUAUGGGGCUAACACAACGGUGUAUGAGCUUGACGAGGUACCAAAUGGGCAACAAAUUGAGAGAGAGCUUCUUCAGUUGGGGUGUCAACCAAGUGUACCGGCCGUUUACAUUAACCAAAAGUUCAUUGGUGGUGCUGAUACCAUUUUCACCCUCCAACUCAAGAACGAGCUUGUCCCAUUGCUUAUACAGGCCAAGGCAAUAUGGGUAUAAUGGCCAUUUUCCUGCUCCACCAUUAAAGCUUAAUGAAUAAGUACGUAUACUUUUUGCUUUUCCUCUUUUUUCUUUUUUUUUUUUAAUCUCUGCUUUGUAUUAUCAUAAAUAAGAAUGGCUAAAUAAACCUCAAUGUAUGUACUACACACACACACACACACACACAC